CCCUGCAUAUGCCUGUCAUGAAUGCGGACGCGCGCUCAGCAGUCGGACACGCACGUUGCCGAUCCGGACGAAUUCUUGCUGGAUCUCUCAUCACCGUUUGUCCUCCCGUUCCCACUCAGGCCCACUCACAUCACCCCCACCAGAAAUGGCACCAAACAUCUUCCAAACAGCCCGAACAGUCCGCCAAGGUCCUUCCGUCGGCACAGGCGACAAGCCCGACACCCGGCCAUGGAUCGAAAAGUACCGGCCAAGGGACAUGAACGAGAUCAGCUCGCAGGACGAGGUCGUUGCCGUGCUGAAGAAGACUAUGGAGUCGCAGAACCUACCGCACUUGCUCUUCUACGGGCCGCCAGGGACGGGAAAGACAUCGACUGUGCUGGCGCUGGCCAAAGAGUUAUAUGGGCCAGACAUCAUACGAGACAGGGUGCUAGAGCUGAACGCGUCCGACGAGCGUGGGAUAGACGUUAUCCGAGCGAAAGUGAAGAACUUUGCGAAAGUUACAGUCACGCAGACCUCGGUAGGAUUCCCAUGCCCGCCGUAUAAGAUCAUCAUCCUCGACGAAGCCGAUUCAAUGACGCAAGACGCCCAGUCGGCCCUUCGACGAACGAUGGAGACGUAUUCAAAAUCGACUCGGUUUUGUUUGAUUUGCAAUUAUAUUAGCAGGAUCAUUGAGCCAUUAGCGUCUCGUUGCGCCAAAUUCCGCUUUAAGCCACUGGAUACGGAUUCUACGAGGGCUCGUAUAGAGUAUAUAUGUCAGAACGAGGGAGUGAAUGCUCCGCCUGAGACAGUCCAAACACUAGUCAAACUCGCUGACGGAGACAUGCGGCGGUCCAUCAUGCUGCUACAAAGCGCGUUCCGGCUGUAUCAGAAGGAACUCAUUACGAGUGCUGCCAUUUGUGAGAUUGCUGGGGUAGUACCGGAAUCGGUGAUAGAUGGACUAGUCACAGCCUGGCAAUCACGAGACAUUGCACAGAUCGAGACUGCGGUUGAGAGGGUUGUUAGACAGGGGUAUUCGGGUGCGCAACUUAUGGAUCAGUUGCAAGAACGCGUGCUGGCAGACAACCACCUAACGUCGAUUGAGAAAUCAAAGAUUUCGAUAUCGAUUGGGCAGAUGGACAAGGCGCUGGUGGAUGGGGCGGACGAGCAGUUACAGCUGUUGAGUUUAUUUGUCAACGCUUAUUAAUGAUGAGUCUGCGCGAGAAAGCUUUGUGGAAGAAAUAGAGAUCAGGAGCAGGCUAGGAUUAGGGAUCCGCAAGGGAGCAGGCUCAGGACAGCUGGCGUACUGUAGAUGUCGGUGUAGAAGUGGAGAGUGGGUCGUAGGCUAUGGGACCUGUGGGAAGCCUUGUCCUCCUCUCCAAUACAUUCGGCUCUUCUUCGUUAUCCACACACUACUGAAAGCUUCUUGCCGAC